AUGGAAAAUCAAGGUGAAGCUGUACUUGUUCGGACCCUUAACUCCCUCCUCACGAGCCUAGAAAUCUCUCUCGUAUUACAAACCAUACAAGACCUUACACCACCUCUCAUCCUCAUGAUCUUCGAGUCAAUGCUCCGAACUCGUCUGCCGAUCUCAAAGGAAACACGCAAGUCAGCAACAUACCCUGCUCGAGUGGAAGCAAUGAAGAUAUUCAUUGGUGUACUGGCCGAUGACGUUCUUGGGAUCGAUGUUGGCCUGGGCGAAUUGGAUCCGAGGCGAUUAGCGGAAGGGAGACGCGAGGAGGUGUUGCGUGUUGCAGAGGUUUUGUGUUGGCUUGGGAAGCGGAUGAGUUAUAUUUCACAGGAUGGGUUGGCUGUUGGGAACGUCGCAAGAUCUAGGGAUACUUUUAACAUUGCAGGUGGAAGUGGGAAUGGUGGGAAUGUUGAUGGACCGACAUCGCCGUCUUUGUUGUCCGCUGUGUCGACGAACCAUGACGAUUCGUUGUUAGUGCAUUCGACACGCAGCUUCGACGAGUCGCACACGACGAUUAGUACACAUGACGUUCUGGAGGAUGACUCUCAAGAUUUGCAGGCCAACGAAUCUGUCAACUUUAUUUCUCAGCAUUUUCUGCGUCCAUCACGAAGGGAAAGGGAGGAUUCCCUUCUUCAUGCCGAACAUACGCAUUUACACCAAGUGGACGACUCUUCGUUAGCUCAACUAUGUCCAAUUAGGAGACCAUCAAGACGGUACGACUCUGAUUCAGAGGGGAGCAGCGACAGUCGCACGGACAAUGAUUCAUUUUGCGAUUGUCCGAAUGAUGUCUUGGGGAGCUCAAAUAUCACGCCACCCAUACGUACAACAGGACAUUUGGAGACGAUUGACUUUGAAGACGAGUUAAGGCUUUAUGAGUUGCGAAGACGUAUGAACCCGAAGCCCCGGAUUUCUAAUUCGAGUCCGUCUACUCCGAGAACUCCAGCUGGAAGUUCAUCAGGCAGGAUCAUCACCCGACAUACCUCUCCAACUCAAUACACCCUUGCCCUCUUGGAUGAACGAGCCCGACUUUGGUCCGAACUUUCACGGUUUAAACAUGAUCGGACCUAAAGGGUAUUUUUUUUCUUGGUCUGGAACCCUGUCUUGCCCUGGUCCUGGUGGAUCCACCUCAUUGACCUACCUGGAGGUUACUCACUUCUCUCUGGCAUGCGCAAUGUAUAUGUAUCUUAUUUGUGGGUUUGUAUACUUUCCUUGUAGUUUAACUUGCCGUAAGUGUAGAAUGGACUAUAAUUAGAUGUGUAAAGUUGCG